UAAAUACCCUUGUUCGGCGCCUGGUACCCGCUGGACCAGGUUACCCUCCCCACUGUAGCCCAUUGUACUUAGUGAAGGGUACCCCUCCAAACCUCCAUGACGAGACCAGUAAAACCAGCAAAACCAUCAAAGAUACUGACUUGCCUAUAUCAUAAGACAUCCAUACAACCUGACCACGCUCACCAGCUAUGGAACAGGUGUCGCUCAAUUACGAGGCCUCUGCCGGCGACACGCAUAAGCAGACUGUCAGCGAGCUGCCGCUUGACGUCGUGCAAUGUCUUGAAAAUGCUCGAUUCCUUCACCUCGCCACGUGUGUCGAUAAUCAGCCUCACGUCUCUCUGAUGAACUACACCUAUCUCCCAUCGUCGCCGUAUUCCACCGUUCCAGCCAUCGUCAUGACCACAAACCCCUCGUCCAAAAAGACCAACAACCUGCUCGUCAAUCCAAACGUGUCCCUCCUAGUCCACGACUGGGUAUCUCACCGCCCACCGACUCAAGGUCGCCGAGCCUCCGGCGGCUCGCCUGGGCCCGAACACCGAUCUAGCCUCGCGUCUAUGCUUUUCAACAUGAACACGAGUGCCAUGUCAAGUAUCAGUGCCACCAUAAAUGGCACCGCUCGUCUAGUUACUCCCGGCUCUGAUGAGGAAAAGUACUACCGGGAACAGCAUUUAGAGAACAAUACAUUUGAUUCAGAGGGCGUGUUGUCCUUCAACAGACAACCACAAAGUCCUGUGGAAGACGGCGGCCGCGAAUGCUUCAUCGCGGGUGAGGAAGUGCGCGUGAUACUCGUACAUAUCAAAGAUAUACGAACAAGCGAUUGGAAAGGCGGUGUCCGCGACUGGGUUUUAGCAUCAGAUGAGAACAGUGCGGCCGUGAAUGGCGGCAGCUAAUCCAGCUUCGCUCGCGGCGUGGCAAUAUAUGAAUCUACAAAAACACAUAGGUAACUCUCAGCGGGGGCAUUAAUAGCAUAAUCAAACCUUCACCACAGAGACCACGAAGCUG